ACUCAAACAGCAUGUUCAUCACAACCUUGUUCUCCCUCAAGCAUCUAACAUCCCCUGCUCAGUUUACACAGUAGCGGCCAGACUGCUGGGCAAGCCACACGUCCUGGUUCGCAGCUACUUACCCUGAAGACGGUUUCUGCAGCACCGCUUGGGGAGUUGAAGAACCGCAGGUAAACGCAGCGCCUCUCUUCUUACAAACUGGGUCGAAAUGUUGGGGGUCUGCGUGUGUCUGUGUGCGGUUUUCACGCAGGUUCUGUCUCAGGAGACCGAGGAGCCCGUUACAGUCUCAUGCACAGAAGGCUACACCUAUGACAAAGUAAGGGAGCAGUGCAGAGACAUUGAUGAGUGUGAACUUAUGGAGGAUGCGUGCAAAGGAGGGAUGCAGUGUGUCAACCACUUCGGCGGGUACCUCUGCCUUCCCAAGAGUGCCAUCAUCUACGUUACAAACGAGGUGGACCCGCCUCCGUUGCCUGAGCAGGUACCCCAGGUUCCUGUUGUCCCACCAAACCAGGGACAUCGCACUCGGCAUACAGGGGGCCACAGGGGCUCUCAAACCAGCCAAACCAGCCAAACCAUUCGCUGUUCUAGUGGCUUCACUGCUGAUGAGCAGAACAUCUGCAGAGACAUAGAUGAAUGUGCAACAGGCAUACACAGUUGUGGGCCUGAACAGACCUGCUACAACACCAGAGGCUCCUUCACGUGCCAGUGUCCUCUCGGCUACUAUAGGAAUGGGGACAGCUGUGUCGACAGAGACGAGUGUGCCAUGAGCCACUACUGCAUGCACGGAUGUGUGAAUACUCUGGGCUCAUACUACUGUGAAUGCAAUCCUGGUUACAAAUUAGCCCACAACAAUUAUUCAUGUACUGAUGUGAAUGAAUGCGAAGUGGAGUCUUCGUGUCAGCAUAAUUGCUUCAACUUGAUUGGCUCCUUCCUGUGUCAGUGCGAUCACGGCUUCGAGUUGGCUCCAAACCAGGUCUCCUGCGAAGACAUUGAUGAAUGCAGCUUGUCUACCUACAUGUGCCAGUACCAGUGUGUUAACACCCCUGGAAGUUACUCAUGCGAGUGCCCGCCAGGAUAUCAGCUCCAGGGAAAUAGGUUGUGUCAAGACAUUAAUGAGUGUGAGAUGGGGACCCAUGACUGCCAAGAUGAUGAAAUGUGCUGGAACUAUUAUGGAGGUUUUCGCUGUUACCCUAGAAACCCCUGCGAGCCUCUUUACACCCUGACCUCUGAAAAUCGCUGUAUCUGUCGAGCUCCGUCUGAGUGCCAGGGUCUCCCUCCGUCAAUAGUCUACAAAUACAUGAGCAUCCAGGCAGAGCGAUCUGUGCCAGCGGACAUUUUCCAAAUUCAGGCCACUACUGUGUACACCAACACACACAACAGCUUCAGAAUUAAAGCUGGGAAUGAUGGAGGAGAGUUUUUCCUUCGGCGUUCCAGUAAUGUGAGUGCCAUGUUGGUGCUUACCAAGCCCUUAUCAGGGCCCAAGGAGUACGUGGUAGAUCUGGAGAUGAUCACUCACCAUCUGACCAUGAACUACCGCGCCAGCUCAGUGCUGCGGCUCACCAUCAUAGUGGGGGCUUACCCUUUCUGAGCUUUAGAGAUCCCAGCAGCCCCCAUAAGUCUGGUUUCAGCAAACAUAGCAAAUGCCUGUAUCAGCAUACUCUACAUUCUCACUCUCAAUUAUGCAAAUAGCAUAGCCUGAUUCAGUCAAACACCAGCAAAAGUAGUUCUUAUAUGGUUGCUCAAAUCAUACCAAAUCUGUGCUAUAUUAUCACUAUUGGGUGUCUAGCUCUUAAUAGGAUGCCCUAAACUUUAAAGAUGUCCUUGUUUUUUCACUCCUUAUAGUUAAUCUUUAUAAAUUGUUCUUUGCAAUAUCCCAAACAACUGGAAACAGUGUGAUGGCACUCAUGAGAAGAGGGCUUGUAGACACUCUAACUGAAAUAUUUGAAUUCAGCUCCACCUAUUGUUCAUUUAUGCCUUUGUUCAAAUGAAAAAUGCUUUAAGUAACCUGUUGAUGCAUCUAUUAUUAUUAUCUGAGAAAUCAACACUUAAGCACAUAAAAAAUAUCCAGGGGUAGCAGCUUUGUAUGCAACAGUAAUCUACUGUUUGUACUUCAGAGCUUCUAUUGAUGAAUAUUAGGAGUCAGGGAUGCAAAUUUCUAUAGUUUGCCUCAUAAGUGAAAAUUUCUAGAGAACUAUAGGAACAGUUCAAAAGUUUAAAAAGAGGUAAUCACCCAGCGAGUUGAGAGAGUGUUAAACUCUGUGUCACUGCAGGCUUAAACAUGUAUAUAUAAAAGAUUUUUUUUUAAAUUGUUGUUGUUGUGUAUGUGCGAAUGUUGAUGAGUGCAUGUGCGUGUGUGCCACGAGCUUUGUUUAUGCCUGCAUGCAGAUGUAAGUGUGAAAUGGAGGGAAAGAAGGGGAAAGAAUGAGAAAGUCUUUGCUUUUCCUUCUUGGGGUUUGGUGGAUGUGACUGAGCUGUUUAUGUGUUUCUGUGAUGCCAUCCCAGCAAGCUUUAGGUCACAGAACCAAUAACAGAGGCCCUUAAACUCAAGAACACACAGAGGAAAUGAUUGCUUUGGUAACACACCUUGGCAACUUGACCGUUCUCUGUUGCUGUUAUUCUCCAGAGUCUCUGCAAGCCCCUCUAAUGUCGGUCCCAGUCUAGAAGUCACACUGGCACCGGGCUGGCUUGCGUUAUAAAAGAUAAUUGCAGUAUUUUGCCCUGUAGCGGGUUCAUGCUCAACACAGGGGAUUAUUAAAGUGUUAAUACAAUGCCACCAGACAUUUGGCAGAGAGAGAGAUCUUUCACUACCUGUUCUGCCUCUUAUGGCUCCAUGUGUCUGCUCUGGCUCAAUGCUGAAACACUGUAAACUGUUGAUUCACACCACUGAAAAACUUACAUGUUGUCAUCACUCUGUAAGUGCAGAAAGUUACCCAGCUAUGCUUUAAGAAAUCCCUUUUGUGUGGUUUCAGCUCUCAUUAUGUCGUAGUGCCUUCAAGCCCUGUACAAAACCUGUAACACUAAUCUAAUCAUUCAUGUUGUCAAGACUGAGAUGCCUUAAUGUUUUUUUUUCAGUUUCUAUUUAAAUAUAUAUUUUGUCAUAUGUAUCUUGUAUUGAUUGUACUCUGAAGAGCAAAAGCUAUGUUGUUAAAUAAAAUGUGAUGUAAAAAUA